UUUGCUUUGCCCUCUCCCCCCCAUGUCUACUGAGCAAUGCGCUAUAGGGCCUGAUGGCCAACUUCUUCCAGCCAGUGAGAUUGUAUUUUAUAAUGAUCCAGAUGAUCCUGCUCCCCUUCCAUCUGCUCCUCCAUCUCAUAGGACCCUGAGACCUCGGACCAUUGGGGACCAUUUCACUCAGAUUCGCCCGGCACGGACUCAGGCUGUGGAGUCCAGCAAACGCAAGGCCUCCGCUGAGCUUCCACAAGCUCGACAGAAGACCUCACGCCGUUCUUCCCGCGCUGUCACUGCCUCGUCCCGCGCUGUCUCCCCCCGAUCCCGCGCUGUCUCCGCUUCUUCCCGCGCUGUCUCCGCUUCUUCCCGUGCUGUCUCCGCUUCUUCCCGUGCUGUCUCCGCUUCUUCCCGCGCUGUCUCUGCCUCUUCCCGUGGUGUCUCCCCCCCAGCUUCGUCCCGCGGUGUCUCCCCUUUGUCCCGUGCUGUCUCGCGUUCUUCUCAUGGCUCAUUGUUGGGACCUGAUGCAGAAACCUUUGUUGAUGGAGAUGAAGUUCCUGGGCUUAAUGAUGCAAGUGAUGAUGAUCGAGAUGAUGAAGGGAGUGAUGCCGAAGAACAGGAGGAUGAGGAUGAUUAUCUUCAAGCCUAUCAGCAGAUGGUUGUUUCUGGAGAUACUGAUCGCACAGCCAUGCAAUCUGUUCCCAAGGCUGAUCGCACAAAGGAUAUUGAUUCUAUAUUUAGUCCUGGAUCAAUUAUUGUAAACAACAAAGAGAUACAAGGCUGGUGGUGUCGUCUCUGCAAGAAAAAAUUGGGUGCAGUCUCCAAGACUCACCGGGAGAGCUCCAACAACAACGACGCGAUAUCCACCCGCUUCGGCGUCAGAGUGGCUGGUAGCCCCGCGGCGGUGAGUGCUCCAGCGCUGGAUGUAGGUAGAGUCAGUAAGGGCGAAGAGAGCACAGACGAGAAGGAGAGGGGACGUACACAGCCGGAGAAGCGGCGGCAGCGGCAGCAGGAACAGCAGCAGCAGCGGGCGUGGCGUCAGCUGUAGCCACAGCCGCGCCACCUUUCAGACUGCCGAGGAAACCCAGCAGCCCGGAGAGGCCGCCACCAGCACUGAGGCCCCCAGCACCGAGACCACCUGCGCCGAGACCACCAGCACCGAAGCCACUUGCACCGAGGCCACCUGCACCGAGGCCACCGCCCGCCCCAAGCCCCGGAAUCAGGUUUCCUAGAGCACCAAGGCUCGGGAUCCCCAGCAGCGCGCGUCCGUCCGCGUUGCGCCUAUGAAUCGAUUCCCGUCAGGUGUGGGCCAUGGGGUUGAUUCCGCCAGAGUAAGUAGGGCACUCACGCUUUCUGUCCACUGAACUCGCCCACCGCACGGGCCCCAGACGUGGUGGUGUUGGGGAUUGCGGGAGCGGGGAUGGGGGCAGCGAUUGCUGGCGCGACGGCGUAGGCGAGGAGCACAACGGACGCAAUGGUUGAGAUCUUGUGGUACAUCUUGUAUGUUUGAUGGAAGGAAGGAACGAUGGGAGAAGAGGAAAGAGGUUAAAUCAGAGGCGCAGAAAGGCUGAUAAUACGAAAGGAUUUGCUCGGAACGGCGGCAAGUAGUAACGUUGCAAAAACGAAGACCAAGACUGGGAGGACGAUCAGGGGGUGGACGGCAUCGGGCAGCAGGGCUCACUCACUACGCGGUAUCUGGUGGAACUGGGAGGACAAAUGCGAAUGGGUAAGACUAUCCUUCCCCCCUGCCCCCUCAGCCUUUUUAUUCCCAGACAGACUCGCAGAGACGCCGGCGGACGGAGCAUGUUUUCGCGCCACAGUGGAUACCGAAUAAAUUCAUUCAUCGCUUUAGAAACGCACGAUCAAAUAUCCCAAGUUCCCUAUCUUGGAAAGGUUGCGUUUAGACCUUGCUAAAACAGAGCCGUCAUCACCUAUUGAUCCUUAUGAACAAAAUCUGGGCUAGCCAGAGUCCCAACACCGAGCCUUAAGUAAAUCGAAAGUGCUGAUGAGCAAUAAGAGUGCGACCCACGCAUCGAUAUGAGCUCAGGGGCCCGAGACUCCCCUCAGGUGGCACUCCACAAAUGGAGAUCUGGAACACUGUCCGCCG